GAUGCUCCAAGAUUUUACAAUUCUUCAAUACGGGAUUUCCGUCGGAUUUACAGAUUUAAUUGAACUUGUUGGGGCUUCAUCGUCUGGUAAAACACAAUUAGAAGUCAAUUUGAGAUCACAUAUGCUGAAAGGAGAUAUGGUCCAUGUCGGUUUCUACUGGAACUAUGGGAAGACUUUCAAAAUUCCACAUCGUCCGUAUGAGAAGGAACAAUUGGAUCAUGAGCUGAAGCUUGUGGGAGAGUACGGGCUCCGAUGUAAGAGAGACUUGUGGAGGGUUCAAUAUCCUUUGAGCCGCAACCGUAAUGCCGCCAAGGAACUUCUCACUCCGGAUGAGAAGAAUCCUUGUAGGAGAUUCGAGGGUGAGGCCCUUCUCCGCAAAUUGAACAGGUACGGGCUCUUGGAUGAGGGCCAGAACAAGCUUGAUUAUGUCUUGGCUCUGAUUGUGGAGAACUUCCUUGAGCACCGACUCCAAACCCUUGCAUUCAAGUUAGGUAUGGCCAAGUCGAUUCACCAUGCCCGUGUAUGUAUUAAAUUAGUUAACAAGGAUUCAGUUGUGCCGUCCAUCUCCAAGGCCUCCUACGAUGAGUUGUCCCUCCAUCACCGCGCAUUUUCCCUCGACUCCUCCAUCCGCCGCCUCCAAUCUUUAAGCCAUGCUCUACUCUCCUAUCACCUUAUAUGA